AUGAAACUCUCAAUACUCCUAUUCCUUCCAAUCCUACUACUCAGUCAACUCUUGGGAAUGAACAAGAUCCUGAUCAAGGUCAAGGAGGUCAAGAACUACGUCAAGAAGGGCAACAUCCUACUCAAAACCCAAAUCCUGAACAGGAUAACGACAAACAAGACGAUCCAAGCUUGCCUGGGAAUUUCCCGGCUGCGAACACCAUUCUUGCUUUGUGCAAUUCCGUUCUCGAGGAUUUUAGAUCAUCACGGAUCCCUAAAGUGGCUGUGUUAUCCAGAAUCUACAUGCACUUACUUCAUGGCAUUCCAGAUAAUGAUGUUUCCUUUGCUUCAACCAUUGAAGAGGCCUUCGCUUGAUAUCUCACUAUCAUUGAGAAUCAUCAACAUCACCUCAAAGAAGCUCAGCAUCGCGGCACUCGUCGACAACGAUCCAAAACUCCACCAGAGAGUCGUGCUGAAAGAGGAAACCCUGACAAAGAUCAAACACCCAACAAGCAUUCAAAACCAGACGAAUUUCAAUAUCCUUGGAUUAUAUCCGACUUCAUUCAUCGUGUCACUCUAUCACCGUCACUUCUCUAUGCAAUUGAUCCAAAAGGGACUAAACACUCUCUUGUCAAUUCUCCAACAUGCCCUGAAUUCCCAGACUCAGAGUGGACUAACAUUCUCGCCAGGAGAGCUGUCAACCUUGAUGCUGUCCUCAGCGGUUAUUACUCAAUGUCCAACAACGAUGAGCAAGUGGAGGAGAUUGGAGAUCUUGAAAUACACUUUGGAACAGUCAACCCAACAAAGACAGUUUCAACAGCUUGGGAAUGGAGCAUCACAUGAAACAGGGCUUCACGAGCGACAUCAACUGCUUUCCCACACAGAGCUGGAGAGCUGGCUGAAUAUGCUGAGUAUAUCGUUGGACUCUUCGCUGCCACUGAUGCCCACUUCCAUGAUUGUGUUAUCCUUUUCGACAAAGCUGUACGGCGUUGCAUUGGUGCUUGUCAGGACUUGGAGCUCACAGAUCUCAACAAAUUCUCAGACCUCAGAUCAACUCACAUGGACUCAAUUGGUGCUGCUGUCGUUCAACGGGCAUCUCUCGCCACCAAUAUCAAACCCAAUUCAACCUCUCAGAAGAAGAUACAAGAACCAUGCAACCGUUGGAACAAGGGGUUAUGCGCGCUUGAGGCUUCUCAGUGUCACCGACUUCACAUUUGUAACUAAUGCACAAAAUCUGGACACAAGGGCCCCGAUUGUCCAUCUUGAUUUUCCCUGGCUUUCGCUCCCACACUCGUUUAUCACCUCUCCCAUCAAAAACCUAUUUCAGCCCCCUCGAGUUCAGCUGGGGGUCAUCGUAAAAUGA